AUGGCAGGCUAUGCUCUGAAAAGACUUAUGUCCGAAUACAAACAGUUAACACUAAAUCCUCCCGAAGGGAUCAUUGCGGGUCCUAUUGACGAAGACAAUUUCUUUGAGUGGGAAUGCUUAAUAACAGGUCCCGAAGGCACUUGUUUUGAAAAUGGUGUAUUUCCAGCCAAAAUUUCAUUUCCCCAAGAUUACCCUUUGUCUCCUCCCAAAAUGCAAUUCACUUGUGAUUUAUUCCAUCCCAAUAUCUAUCCUGAUGGCCGCGUGUGUAUUAGCAUCUUACACGCACCUGGAGAUGACCCUACAGGAUACGAAUCGAGUGCCGAAAGGUGGUCGCCGGUACAAUCAGUUGAGAAGAUCCUUCUUUCCGUUGUUUCAAUUGUGAGAAAAUUUGCAAUAAAAUCACAGCAGUCUUUUACAGAACCAAAUGAUGAAAGCGCCGCUAACGUUAACGCAGCUAAGAUGUGGCGAGAAGACAGGGAACAAUUUGAAAGAAUUGCGGACAAUCUUGUGAGGAAAACAUUGUGCUUACCUCCCAAUACAUUAGAACAAUAG